AUGCCCGCCUCACGACCCCCAGGCCAGAGGAGGGCGCUCUGGGGGAGGGGGGAGCCGCCGAGGUCGGCGGGGAGAGGCACCGGGAAGACGGACCCGUCCCGAAGGGAAGGCCUGGGCCUCCACCCGACGUCCUCGGACCUGACGUCCCCGAGACUAAGCUGCCCAGUGAAACCCGUUUUAAAUCGGCUGGCUCUGCGCGCCUGGCGGCUGCCUGCGACCCCACAUAAUGAACUCCCCUCCAGAUAUCCCGGCUUGGGUAGGCGACCAGCGGGGUCACCGCCGGUACAGGCUCACGACAGGAAAAAGCCCUCCUAUUGUUGCAGGAAAGGGGGCCCCUUCCAGGGCCCCAGAGUGGGCGCUUGUCUAACACUUGGAAAUGAAUUGUCCGAAGAGACACACGUGCUGACAAAGCAAGAGACUUCAUUGGGACGAGGUGACCAGGCGGAGAGCAGCAGUUGGGAGAGAGAGACAGAGACUGCCCACCCCACCCCAAGUCUUUAUGAAGCUCCAAGUCUGGCUAUUCAGAAAGGACCAAGGCUGGCAUCUAGCUUCUGCCUCCUGCUUCUCCCUUUGCAAGCUGAAGAGGUCUGGAAAUCUGUGCCCAGAGUCAUGCAUCCGCUGGGCUUUGGGAUUGGGUGUUUUCAAACCUCUUGCCCACAGAGAAGAAAGACCAUAUGCUCUCUGGGCCUCUUUGAGAGCACUGAGAUGGGGGGCACAAGAGACAUCUCCCCACAGGCAAUCAAGGGAGAAGCUAAAGCUGAUUUUUCUGUUUUCUGAAAGCAGCCUUUUCUUUCC